AUGUCGUCGCGCACGAAGCGCAUGAAGAAGUCGUCCUGGGGCGCAAGGGAGCGGGCCGGCAUGAGCUUCCUUAUCGUCGUGGCGUUCUUCGCCGUCUUCGGGCUGAUCAUCCUGACCGAGGUGCUGAUGAUUGACGAUCGGGGCCGGGCCGGCAGCAUCAUCGUUCGGCACGGCAGCAGCGGUGGCCGCUUCGGCGAAUCGGUACCGGACUACGACGACGUCAAGGACGACUACCUGGACGAUACCGGGAUCUUCGUGCGGGAAACCAAGUACGGUGGCGCGGCGGUAAAGAACAUCCUGAAGAACCAAAAAGCGCUGAAACACUCUAUUGGCAUCUACGUGCACACAGAUGCAGCCGAGCCGAGGAGCCCCCCGGUGGUGCCGUGGGGCCAAAUGCUACCGUCAAAGAUCGAGCAAACCCUGCCCCGGUAUCCGGCCGACAUGAAGCCCACCGACGGUUCGUGGGAAAUCGUCAACGGCACCAGGUACAAGUUUUUCGUCUUCUCGGCGUUCUACGAUCGGCGCGAUGGCAAGCUGGUGCGUAUUAUCGGGGCCACGAAAACGCGCGGACCGGAAAAAGUGUGGUGCCGGUUCUGGUACCAAACGGGGGCGAACAGCACCAAGUAUCGAUCGGCGUCCGUGAUGGCCCGGGUGAAGAUCAUACGUGAGAACUGGAACUUGAAGUACAGCGCGUGCUUUAUCCUGUGCCCCAUCCGAGGCCCGUAUCCGGAGGUGCCGCACCACGUGUCCGUGGUGAGCAAAAUUCGGGCCGCACCGGGCAACGUGCUUAUGCUGCGUAACACCGACAACGAUCCAGAUUUUACGAAUCGAACGUUUAGUAACAUUCCGAACAGCAUCGGCGUGUGCGUUAAGCCGUUGCAUUUUAACUACGAUCAGGCUCUGUAUUUGCUCGAGUUCCUGGAGCUCAACAAUUUGCUAGGCGUAAGCCACUUCACGUUCUACAAUCACACCAUCGGCCCGAAGGCGUCCUGCAUCUUGCAGCACUACAUAAACGGCGAUCUGCCGCAACAUAUCGCACCGUACGGUGCUGCGGUCAGGAAACCGAAUGGCACCUCGCCCGAGGUCCCCGAAAGCAACGAUGUGUCCCAGCGGCACCACCACCCCAGCAGCCACCACCGCAUGCCUACGAAAUACAAUGAAGACAAUACACGUGCACAACUGAAGCCAAAAAUCACUGUAAAUAUUUUGCCAUGGAAUUUGCGCAUGCGAUCGCAGAAGGAGAUACGGACCGAGGGGCUGUUCGCUUCGCUCAACGACUGCUUGUACCGGAGCAUGUAUAGAUACUCACAUGUUGCACUGAUUGACUUGGACGAGUUCAUCAUACCGCACCAUAAUGACACAUUGAUUGAUCUCAUCACAUGGUUGUCGAAGCGGAUCAACAACCGCAACACUGGAGCUUACUCUUUUCAGAAUGCAUUUUUUUACCUACAGUUUGCCGACGAUGCACUUAUGUACGAGGGAGCGGGCGGCCCACAGGCGAACCUUCGGUCGGCCCUCACGACCCAGCGUAAGACGCGCCGAAGGUCCAAGCUGCACCCGCAGAAGCAGCGCUCGAAGUACAUCUGCAAACCGGAAGCCGUGAUCGAGGCGGGCAACCACUUCGUGUGGGAGUUCUGCCCCGGCCGGGGCUCCUUGAACGUGCCGGCCGAUGCUGCCAUCUUGCAUCACUAUCGCGUUUGCGAAUUUGGUGGAGAUGAUUGCAUCAAAACCCCGUCGCUGGUCGACCGGACGGCCCACCGCUACUCGACCCGCCUGCUGGAUCGCGUGGGAACGGUCUACGGCUACCUAAAGGAAUCCUGCGACCUGCCCGACAUCGCUUCGGCCCAGACGAAACCACCGCCGACGCGAAAGAAAGAGCUCAAAAUAAGAGUCCCACUGCGACCGGUGGACAGUGAGCCGAGGAAUCCGACGGAACCGGCCGACAGUCCGUCAAGUGCGCCCGGAACCGCGGCCACCGGAAAUGUGCCACCAGCGAGUGCCGUCGAAGCGAUUCUCAAGACGCAUUGAUCGCAACCCUCUCCGGGUGCACGAAGGCAACGCGUGUGUGGCGGGGCUUGUGUUUGGGAUUUGUUGAUCUUACACCGCUUUCUUCCAGUUCGCUACACGUACUAGGCUAGCUCGGCGUUUGGAACAAGGCCUCGCUUACGAUUAGGUUUAUCGGAGAGAGUGACGGCUAGCGCCAACCAACCAAAUGGAUGGAUGUGGUGUCCGCAACCAAAAUUCGGCUAAUCACCUCGGUGAGGCGUUAGGGAUCUCUAGGGUUACCGUCUAGCAGCAAGCAAUGUUACGAUUCUUCCAUUCUGCAGAUCGCAUAGGUCGCGCAUGUAGCGUAAUGCCGCUAGCAAUUGCUACAGCACUGUGAAAGUAAUUCAUACCUAAACUUAAAACCAAAUGGCGAUAAUCGUAAACGAAGCACACGGCGACACAGUUAUAGAACAUCGCAUAUCAGAUCAGAAUAGGUAUAUUUGCGUUUCGUCAAACUAACAUACACCGGCAAGUCGGCACUACUUAUUUAAGGUCGUUACAUAAUCGUGAUAGUUCCAUUUUGUAUGCUCGAUUUAGUAGCAACAUACGUACGCAUUCCGGCUACUCUCGGAAUGCCCCCCGAGGGGACAUUAUUCAGCUAAAUGUUAGCGGGACGUGCUCAAUAGUGUAAAGCAGAUUAGUUUUAGUUGUAUUUCAUGUUCUUUCCGUAUUCUACUACCAGAGAGUAUCACAGUGGUCCACACGCAGUUCAGUGUAUUAUCGAUAUCGAGGUAAACGAGCGAUAGUGUCGCCGUCUUCAUACACAUGGCACAACAGGAAUGUACCAAUGAUUAAGAUUACGAACUUAUUAAACCACAGGCACAGG